AUGCGGAGACCACCAUACCUCCUCUUCCUUCUUCUAACAUUCCUCUCGUCCCUCUCCUUAUCCCUCGCAGCCACACCCACAUCGUUUUGCAAAUGUACCUGCUUUGGCAACAGCACCAUUGUAGCGCUCGAUGCGCCGUCCACCACCAAGAAACCCGCCGCCCUUGAAUUAAAACCCCGCGCCUCCAAGAAAACAUGCAACGACUGCAACCGCCAGUUCUGCCUCGGCUACGGCUUCUGCGCUGGAGAGAAAGAGGAGAACGUGCUCACGACAUGCUUCCAGCGGGAUUCUGCGAAAGACCAGGCAGUCGUCUUUGUGUUUAUCGGGGCGACAGUGGGGCUCUUGGGGUGGGCAGCUUUACGGCCUUGGGUUGAGGGAUGGAGAGAGCGUGCACGGGAACGACGAAGCUAUGUUCCAGUGCCUGGUCAAGGAAACCAGUGA